AACUCAUUGUCUUAAUAUACAAACACAACCUUAAACAUACUUAACACCCACUUAAACAUAAACAAUGUCUAUCCCAAUCUUUUUCUUGGUUUUACUUUUCGCAGUUCCUACGCACCAAAUAUCAGACAUUGUUACCAAAACAUGUGAUCAAACCCUCUACAAGGCCUACUGCAAAACGGAGCUCGGCUCCGCCCCAGUGAGCGACGUAAAAGAUCUAAAAUCACUAACCGUCUUCGCAUUAAAAAUGGCAUCAUUAAAAGGGGUCGCAAUAGUUAAAUCGAUCGAUAAAUUUACAAAAGCGACACAAGACGAAUUUGCUCAGCAAUGCUUGAGUGAUUGCGCUGAGAUAUACCAAGACGCGAUCGAUCAGUUGGAAGACUCGACUGCCGCAGUGGAUGCAAAGAAGUAUAACGAUGUUAACACAUGGGUGACGGCUGCAAUGACCGAUUCUACGACGUGUGAGGACUCGUUUAAGGAAAACAAAGGCACAAAAUCUCCGUUAACAGCUGAGAAUACAAAGUUUAGCAACCUUUGCAGCAUAAUUUUGACAAUGUCUAAUCUUUUGGCUAAAACAAAGUAGUGUCUAAGCAUAAUUUGGUGUAAUAACAACCUCUUAAGCAAUGGUUUUACUUUAUAAAUAAGCUUAUGCAGCUUUGCUAAUCAAAACAUCUCUGUAUUAAGAGAGUAAUUACAAGCCUGUAAUCUUAAACUACUGGGAAAUGCUCUGUUUUUCCUUUACUGUAUUUUUUUUUGUUAAUAUAGCUACUUUGUUUUUGAAUUAAGUUUGAUUGUUAUUUGUUUUUGAAUUAAGUUUGAUUGUUAAUAACUUAAUAUAGCUACUAAUCUGGUUAUACAA